AUGGCCUCGCAGACGUUUGAGUGGCAGCCUGCCAAGCUGCUCCAGGACCAGGACAGCACCUCCGACUUUGCCCUGCUCGUGCUGAACCAGCCCCUCAAGAACGGUGCCAACCUCCGCAAGCUGUGGAAGAACGCAACCCUCCGCGUCGCCGCAGACGGCGGCGCCAACCGCCUCCUCGAACUAUCCUCGUUCCAAGGCAAAUUCUCCAACCUUCAGGCCAUCAUCGGUGACCUCGACUCGCUGUCGCCGUCGGUCAGAGACUUUUACUCCUCGCAGCCCACGCCGGCCGAGGUCGUCCAUCUCACCGACCAAGAGUCCACUGACUUUGCCAAGGCGGUGGCCUGGAUCCGCAAGACGCGGCCCGACGGCCUCGACGUCGUCGCCCUCGGUGGCAUUGGCGGGCGCGUCGACCAGGGCGUCAGCCAGCUGCAUCACCUCUACCUGCUGCAGCCGGGACCCGACUACGCUCUGGGCCGGCUCUUUCUCCUGUCCGGGUCGAGCCUCACGUUUCUCCUAAAGGCCGGGAAGCACCUCAUCCGCGUCAGGGAGGACGGCGAGGAUGUGGCGUUUGGCAAGCACGUCGGCAUCCUCCCACUCCAAGGGCCAUGCAUCAUCUCGACCAAGGGCCUGGAAUGGGAUGUGACCGAUUGGGAGACGCAGGUCGGCGGGAAGCUGAGCACGAGCAACCACAUCCUACCCGACACUAAGUGUGUCGAGGUCCAGACGUCGAGGGACGUACUCUUCACAAUAGCGUUGCGACAGGUUGAAGGUGAGGACGUGGGAUAG